CGCUGGGCAACGUUUCUUCCUGCGUCUGUAUUUUGUUUUGCUGACGGUUUUGGACAUCGCUUUGGGAUUGAAAAACCCUUUGUAUCCCUCAUAUCGUGGAAUCUUUUCAAGGAGAAGGACUUGGAUAUCGGGACCAUCAUGUCCCCAAGGAAAACAAGACGAGGCCACAGAGAUGAUGCUCAUGUUGAUUUUGGUGCGUCCAGCGGACUUGGAGUAAAAUUUCCAAUGGAUAUCAAUACUUUCAGAGGCCGAGCGAAGGAGGCAGAUGAGACCAUUUCAAUACCGAUCGAGGACUCCCUUCAAGUGGAUAGUCCCCUGAGAUAUCCUCGUUCGAUCCGCACGCGUCGUCCUAAAGACUCCAAAGAGAAUUCCCUCCAGGUCGCAUCCGCCCUUCAGUCCCCCCACGAUCUCGUGGAGGACUCCCCCCAGACCCACCGUCGUGCUCGCCUCCGUCGCACCGUCGCUGAGUCACAGGAUUCUAACACCUCUCUGAACACCACUCGCAGACGGCGCAAGCCCCAGGUCGAGGAGGAACCUUCCCUCUCCUCCACUGUUCCAUCCGUCAAGAAACGAAAGAAUUUGCGAAAAAAGAAAGCAGAGGUCCAUUCUCCGCCAGAGCCGUCUCCCAAACCAGACAAUUCUCCAGACAGUGAUGACAAUGAAGUGGCAAAUGUCUCCUCGGGGAUGGCCCCCAGAUCAGCCCCGACGAAUCGUCGAUUCCGCCAACUUCGUGGAGGGGAGGAUUCUCCGAGCGAUGUGACGACCCCCGAGAGUUCUCCAAUAACAGUCACCUUAACCCCCCACAGAACCACAAAGACACCGAGAAAAUCACCAGUGAAUCUCGGCUCCCCGAAGACCCACUCCCUCUCUCCUCGACGACACUCCAAGACCCCGAGGAAGCUGUCAGUGGUAGUGGCCUCCCCUGUAUCCUCCGACCAAUCUUCUUCGACAGGUGCCUCGAGCGAAGCCUUGGGAGAACUACAAAAAAUCCCGAUGUCACCCUCAACAGAUGAAAAAUCGAAAAAUCGUACGACUUUACACUCAAAAAUACUUAAAGUCUUCCUCGGGGAGUCAAAAUGUUCGCCAGCGUCUUCUGCCCAAUCCUCGUACAUAGGAGCUCCUAGUGAAGUAUCGAAAGAGCAACAAAGGACCCUGAAACCACACCCAAAGCAUGAAAAAUCGAAAACCCGGACGACUUUGCACUCAAAAACACCUAAGAUUGUUCUCAAAAUGUCGAAAUCGAAGAGUCCACCUUCAGCACGUGUAUCGAAGCUGAGGAGAUCGUUGACCAAGUCUCUCAGCCCGAAGAAGAAGAGGUCAUCCUCGGAAAAUUUCAAAUCUCACAAAAAGCAGGAGUCGCCUCCAAAGAAUGCGACCCUUUCCAAGGAAUCCAGAUCAGUUCAUGUCCUUCUGAAGAGAAUCUCCCCGCAGGUGUUACCUCAGGCGCCCGCGCCGGCCGUAACAUCGUCACCGGCAUCACCAAGACUGACUACUCGUCUCCACAGUUUGGCAAGAUCAGAUCUUCGCUCGUCUACGCCUCGAGAGCGCGCUCGUGAGAUCCAACAGUCUCUGAAUGUAUCAGGAACGUCUCCGUUGCAUGUCAACAGAUUCUACGGCUCUCCCAGGGCCUCAAGGAGCGCCUCCAAGUCACUUUUACUCGAAGACGAAUCGAAUCCUUUAAUCAGCGGGGAUGACUCCUUCGGAAUUAGUGGAAUUAGACCGACUGAGGAUGAUGAAGAUGGGGAUCAGAAGACCAGGAGCAUCCACAAAAAUAGUACAUAUGAACUGGUUGAGCCAAAAACCCCUAAUCUGAAGAACAAGGGGAAUGUGGGGGACGGAACGUAUGAGUUGGAUGAUCCGACGAUUCCAACGAUCCGCAGUACCCAUGGCAAGAGGAUUCUGGAAGAUGGAGAGUCUCCUGGGGAGUCCAAGAGAACAUGCAGGGUGAGGUUUGCCAGUCCAAGGGGCGCCAACAUUAACAGCAACUCAACAAAGGCACUCAUGAGAUCCACAUCAGCCACCCCCAGCACAAAGCUCCUGAAGAAGAGGAGUCCUCAAGGAGUUGGUAAUUUAAGGAGACGAUUCAAUUCUCUGUCGACAGUGGAGUCUCCAGGAUCGGCCCUGAAGUCUUCAGGAGCUGAUGUCAGUGGAAAGUGGAGCCAUAAGGCCCAAAACGAGUCUGUCACUCGUUUGAGCAAGCCUAGACUGUCCAUAAGUUUAAACGACACCAGUAAGAAAAAGAAGGUCAUCACCUCCGCUAAGAAAGCACCCAAUUUUGCUCAGAUACAUCAGAAGAAAUUCGAAAAGAUGGAGUCAUUGGUGGACGCCAAGAAGAGAAUUGAGGUUAGGCACAAUGCCCUGACUUGCUCCAACAUUGGGAAUAUCAAGGGACAAGAGGUGACGACCUCGAGAAUAGACAAAGACGAAGAGGAGGUCGUCAAAGCCAAGAUUAUGACAGAACCCAAGGCUGGGUUCAACAGAUUUGGCUUCAAGAUUCAGAAUCAAUUUGGAACUAAGAAGAACGAGGGCUGCAACAGGUUUGGCUUCAAGGUGAGGAAGGAAGAAGCGACGAAAAUUGUGUCCAGACCUAGUGGUGCAAAACUCGAGGAGAGGAAGGAGAUCAAAAGGAUUGCGCUCAAGGGGGUUAGGACUAAUAAACGGUUUGAAUUAUUGAUGAAGUCGAGGAAUAUGAAGUAGAAAUGUCCUUAGGUGAUUAAGUGUUUGAAUAUUGUAAGGGGGAAAAAAGUAUAAAGAGGUUAUUUGACGUGAUAGGAAGGGUGAAACAGAAGGCAAUUUAUUAAGUCAAUCAUAUCUCGUCACCCAAUGAUGCUAUUGGGAUUAAUUUGGGGGCAUUUCAGAGGAGCUUUUUCAAGCAUCAAAAUGAAAAAAUGAAAAAAUGGAAUUUCACUCUGCUGAUCCUGCAUUAUUCACCCUUAAAAAAUCAAUUUUCCUUCUCUUUUCCUUACAAAGCGUAAUAAGUUUAUACUUUUAUAACAUAAGUCAGGCUUUUAUCAAGUUUUUGUUUGAUUAUAAAUUACUUGGGGUUCAAGGGGUCAUGAUUUUUUGUAAUGGAAAUCUUGUUCCAGUGAUAACGAGGUAAUUUGUUAAAUUGUGUAAUUGCCAAAGAUUUGGAUGCUUUUGCAAACUCGUAUCUGUACCAACAAUUAUCUUGUUAAUUUGUUAUUGGGCAACUAACUAAUAUCAAAUGGUUAUUGUUGGGAGUAUAAUUCUUAACAAUAAAGUUAUUCUUAUACUUUCUUCUGUAAUCGCCUGUUUUUCAUAUGAUUCAAAAGACAACUGCACUAUUACUUUUAUUCGCUUUAUGAAUUCCAAAUUCAUGUAUAAUGAAUGUACAUUUUAAAGACAGAAAAAUUUGGAUAUUUACGGGGUAAUUAUGGUAGAAUUGGAAAACGGAUAUCAAUAUUUUGUAAUAAAUGUGUAUUCGGCCAAUGUAUAAUGUAGUUACUUAGUAAGUUUUUACGACUGUUACGAUGGAGUGAAAUGAAUAAACGAUUAUGCCUCGAGGGAA